AUGUUCGGAUCACUUCCAGAAGAGGUAGAGACAGAAUUGAAUGAGUUACACAGUCGCCUAGCGCGAUCGAUCAAGAUAACUAUUUCCACAGCAUGGCUAGUUCUUCUUCUAGUGACAGCAGUGAUUGGUUGCCUCUGGUAUACCUUCUGGCCAAGGAGGUAUAGGAUCUCUUGUAAGAAAGACACCUCUGGAGACUCCUCUGACAUCUCUGACAAUAAUGCCGACGCGGACAGCAGUGGCUCUGACAGUGAAGUCUCGGAUGUUGAGGACGUCUCGGACAAUGAAGUUUCAGAUAUCAGCAGUAUCUCUGACACUGAAGUCUGUCAUAUCAGCAGUAUUUCUGGCACUGACCUCUCUGACAUCAGCACUGUUUCGGACAUUGAAGUCUCUAACAUCGAAGGCUUAGAAGUCACAAAUAUCAACACUGAAGUCUGUAAUAUCAGCAGUAUUUGUGGCAAUGAAGUUUCUGACAUCAACAGUGUCUCUAACAUCGAAGGCUUAGAUGUCAAGAUUGUCUCGGACAGUGAAAUUACAGAUGCCAACAGUGUCUCUGACACUGAAGUCAGAGAUACUGCCUCAGACCCAGCUGUGCUCAGUCAGCCACACGAUAUUUCUGACACUGAAGUCUCUGACAUCACCAGUAGUUGUGACACUGAAGUCUCUGACAGCAACCCUGUCUCUAAUAUGGAAGUCUUAGAUGUCAAGAGUGUCUCAGACAGUGAAGUCUGUGGUAAUAGCAGUAUUUGUGGCACUGAAGUCUCUGACAGCAACACUGUUUCUAACAUCAAAGUCAAGAUUGUCUCGGACAGUGAAGUUACAGAUGCCAGCAGUGUCUCUGACACUGAAGUCAGAGAUACUGCCUCAGACCCAGCUGAGCUCAGUCAGCCACAUGAUAUCCCUGAAGAAACUGAAGUUUCAGGUAUCUCUGUGAGCGGCCCUGUUCCGCCAUCUGAAGGUUGGCCUCGAAGGAUCGUUAAAGCCAAACAAAGAGUGACAAAACCCAACGGCACUUCGUUUUCCAUUACUCCAAUCGUAAACUUUGCCUCUGACCCAGCUCCGUUCGGCCAGCCAAACGAUAUCCCUGAAGAAAAUGAAGUUUCAGGCAUCUCUGUGAACGGCUGCCCUGUUCCAUCAUCUGAAGGUGGGCCUCGAAGGAUCGUUAAAGCCAAACGGAGAGUGACGAAACCCAAUGGUACUUCGUUUUCCAUGACUCCAUUCACAAACUUUGCCUCUGACCCAGCUCCAUUCGUCAAAAGUGUCUCAGACAGUGAAGUUACAGAUGCCAGCAGUGUCUUUGACACUGAAGUCAGAGAUACUGCCUCAGAUCCAGCUGUGUUCGGCCAGCCACACGAUAUCUCUGAGACUGGAGACUCUGAUAUCAGCAGUGUUUCAGGUAUCUCUGUGAUCAGCCCUGUGGCAUCAUCUGAAAGUGGAUCUCGAAGGAUCCUCAAAGCCAGACGGAAUGAUGCCAAACCCAGUGGUCCUGCUAAUGCUUCGUUUUCCAUGACUCCAGUCACAAACUUUGCCUCAGACCCAGCUGUGCUCGGUCAGCCACAAGAUAUCCCUGAAGUAACUGGUUUCAGGUAUCUCCGCGGUUGA